GACAAUGAAAUAACUGACACCGGAUUUACGUGGUAUCCCCGGAAUGAUCCAGGACUAAUCCACGGAAGAGCUCUGAACGCUCUUCUAGCUACUGAUAUUAUUGAUUGUGAUUGUUACCUCACACUUGCCUAACUCGGCUGCUCAUAUACAAGGAAGAAGGAAACCCUUAGCCGAACCCUAGGAUCACCAUCUACAGCCAACGUGGUGUCCAUGCAUAGGUUACAUGGGCUCUACGUAAAUGGGCAACAUCAUUGGGCCUAAUAACUACGUA